AUGAAAUUGUAUGUAAAUGAUACUGUUGUUCGAUUUGUGAGCAUUAUACGAGACAAUUACGUUAUAAUCACUAUAACUCCGCCAUUUUUUAUAGAUACCCUUCAUAAUGGUCUACAUUCGGAAAAUAGUAAGGAAACGAAGGAUAAUUUACAAUCUUUCCUGUUCUUUGUGUACAUCUCUUCCGUGAUAUGCACUCUUUUUAUUUACUGUUUCAUCGGCGAAUGUUUUAUUCAGGAAAGUUCCAAUUUUGGUAAUGCCAUUUAUAAUUACGACUGGUAUAACUUACCGGUAACAGAAUCGAAAUUUUUUCUUAUUUGUAUGAUACGUUCGAAGAAGCCGCAAUUUUUAACAUCUGGCAAAUUUGCGGUCUUGUCCUUGUCCAUUUUUACGGACAUCCUCAAAACAUCAAUGGGAUAUUUAUCGGUACUGCGAACAUUUUUGUGA